AUGUAUGAUUAUUAUUAUGAUAAUGACAAUGAUGAUAAUGGAAAUAAAUUUGGAGAAGGUAUACCUUAUCGUAAAGGAAAAGCAAUCCAACUUAUUAAAUAUGAAAAUGGAAAAAUUAUUUUAAAUAAAGAAUCUCUUGAAAUUAUUAAAAACAUCGAAGAACCUGUCGCUAUAAUUUCAGUCGUCGGGUCUUAUCGUAGAGGAAAAUCAUACUUUGCAAAUGUUCUUCAUGGAAGACAUGAUGGUUUCGAACUUGGUUCUAAAGUAGACAGUUGUACUAAAGGAAUCUUUAUGUGGGAUACACCAUUUAUUCACAAUAAUUGUAGGGUUAUAAUAUUAGAUUGUGAAGGAAUUGACGACCCAAAACAGGAUGAAGUUUGGGCAACGAAAUUAUUUAUAUUAUGUCUUGCAAUUUCCUCUACAUUCAUUUAUAAUAUUAAUGGAAUUGUUGGUAAAGAUGAUAUUGGAAAAUUAUAUACGAUGACAGAUUUAAGUAAAUUUUUGGUAAAUAGUGAAGAUGAGGAGAAAGAUUAUUUGCCAAGACUUGUUGUAUUAUUGAGAGAUUUUGGAUUAAUAGAACCCGAUGAUUUUAGGGAAUAUUUUUUGGAAAAAUUAACUCAAGUUAAUUCUGAUGCUGCUGCUGGAAUUACAAAUCACUUUAAAGAUCUUGAUGUUUACGCUUUACCACAUCCGGGGUGUAAAAAAAAGGUUCUUCACGAACUAGAAAAAAUCGAAACGUCUCAACUUGAUACGGAAUUUAUUUCUAAAAUGACACACGCAGUAUCUGAAAUUUAUGAUACAAUUACUGCAAAAAAAAUUAAUUUCAAAUCAAUGACCGGUAUUUCAUUUUCUAAAUUUUUGGAAGAUUGCGUAAAACAUAUGAAUUCAAACACCAACAACUUAGACAAAUUAUCAUUGCCUACUCAAUAUACUUCUCUCAUUAAUUUUAUGUCAAAAUUAGCUAUAGAUAUAGGUUUUACUUAUUAUUCAACUAUGAUGACCAUUAGAUCUAUAGAUGAUUUUCCUAUAAAUUGGGAAGACUUUGAAAACGAACAUAGUAUGAUAUUAUCUCAAGCUGAUUUUUUAUUCAAUGAGAAAUUAAUUGGAAGUUAUCAUCAAACUCUUGACAUUAGAAAGGAAUUUGAUAACUUAAUUGAGGAUGAAAAAAAUAAAUUUACUGAAAAAAAUUCUGAAUCUGUAAAAAAUUAUAAUUUAAAUUUAGCCAAUAGUUUAUGGCAAGUUCAUGUUAGUCCAGGUUUAACUGCUGAUUCUCUUUUUGAGGAUUAUAAUGAAUUUAAUAAUGCAUUGGAUUCAUUUAUGCAAGAAUAUACAAAUAAAUCAUUUACUGGUUCAGAAGCUAUGGAUAUUUAUAAUCAAUAUAAAGAUGAUAAAACAGAAUCUGCACUAGAAACACUAGACAAAAUGUUUAAAUUAAGAGAUGCUACUAAAGCUGUUAAAGAUGCUCACCAAGAAUUAAUUGAUCAAAUUAAUCAAUCUCAAGAAAGACUUAACCUGUUAUUAUCAGAGAAAUAUCAGGAGGAAUUUGAAUAUAAUGAACAAAUUGAAGAAUUAAUUUCAAAAAUUGAUGAACUUACACUUCAACUUUCUAAUUAG